UGCUCCACGGUAGCUGCUCCUCUCCAGUCCACAGCACCGAGACCCGGGCCGAGCAGGACAGGGGGACACACAGACAGACAGGCAGACAGACAGGCUGCAGCAGGAUGGACUCCAUGCACUAAAUGGGAUUACCAGACAGCCUGGACCAGCAGUAGUAGUAGUAGUGUGGAGUUGCGCCGCAUGUGUGGAAAACUUGCGUCCGUCGAGGAGGAAACAUGUCAGGCGUCCAGGAGAGCAAUGCCUGCGACCUCCUCCAGAGCUGCGAGGACGUGAGGAAGAGCGGAUACCUCCGCAAGCAGAAGUCCAUGCACCGGCGGUACUUCGUGCUCCGGGCCGCGUCGGAGCACGGCCCGGCCCGGCUGGAGUACUACGAGAGUGAGAAGAAGUACCGAGGAAAGACCCCCGUCCCCAAGAAAGCGGUGGUUCUGGAGACCUGCUUCAACAUCAACAAGCGAGCCGACGCCAAGAACAAGCACAUGAUAGUGCUCUACACCCGGGCAGAGAGCUUCGCAGUGGCCGCGGAGAACGAGGCGGACCAGGACGAGUGGUACCAGGCCAUGGUGGAGCUGCAGUGCAAAAGUAAGAACCCCACUGACAGCGUGGAAGGGGGGGACUAUGGAGUACCCAUUCCCGGGCCAGCGUUCAAAGAGGUGUGGCAGGUGAAGGUGUGGCCCAAAGGCCUGGGUCAAGCCAAGAACUUGGUGGGCGUCUAUCGCCUUUGCCUGACUGACAAGACGGUAAACUUUGUUAAGCUCAACUCUGAUGCUGCUGCCGUGGUGCUGCAGCUGAUGAAUGUCCGACGCUGUGGCCAUUCAGAAAACUUCUUCUUCGUCGAGGUGGGGCGCUCUGCCGUGACAGGCCCAGGCGAGUUCUGGAUGCAGGUUGAUGAUUCGGUGGUGGCCCAGAACAUGCAUGAAACCUUGCUGGAGGCCAUGAAGGCACUGAGCGAGGAAUUCCGCCAACGCAGCAAGUCUCAGUCAAACUCCGGCCCUGGAGGAGGGGCUACUGCUUCUAACCCUAUCAGUGUUCCCUCACGCCGCCACCACCCAAACCCUCCUCCUAGCCAGGUGGGCUUCAACCGCCGGCCCCGAACAGAGCCUCCAGGAGGAGCUAACAAUGGAGCAGGUGUCAGCAGUGCCAAUGCUUCUCCCACCCCACGGCAUAGCUUCCCUAGGUCUCGCACUGCUAGUGAUGGGGGGAAAGGUGACGACGGGAUGGGAGGGACAACACCGCUCCAAGGACCGUGCUCCAGCCCUUCCGCCAAUGGCUCGUGCUCCACCACCCCAAUCCUCAGGUCAAAGUCAGCACGUUCAGCCCCAACCACAGCUGCUAAAACUCCUCUUGGGUUGAUGCGUUCCAUCUCCACACCAGCGCCCUCCCCAGCCCCAAGCCUCUCCUCCAGCUCUGGGCAUGGCUCUGAGUUUGGCAUCGUGACGUCUUCUGGUGCUGGUCAAGGGUCUGGUGCCUACAGUCGUGUCCCCUCCCAUCGCGCCUCUGUCUCGGGCUCACCCAGUGACUAUGGCUCUUCAGACGAGUAUGGCUCGAGUCCUGGGGAUCACACUGCCCUCCCCCCGAGCCUCCCCGGAAGCUCUGUUGGUAGCGCCGACAGCCAGUCCAUUGGCGAGGAAGGAUCCAACUAUAUUCUGAUGGGCCAACGCGGAGGUGGCGGUGGUGGUAGCAACAGCAACCAAGGGAGCUUGACAUCCAGUUCCCUGCCAGCACCACUAACACCAGCCUGCGGCUCCCAGCCACAGACCAGAAGAGUUUUGCGCCGCUCCUCCAGUCGCGAAUGUGAAGCUGAACGUAGGCUUCUGAGCAAGCGGGCCUCAUUACCUCCUAUGGCCCUGGAGAGGCUGGCCCCACGUCAGCGCAGAGCUGAGGAGCCAGCAGAUGAAGAUUCAGCCGAUUAUGCCAUUAUGUCCAGGAGCACCAGCCGAGAGUCCUUUGCUUCCACCUCUUCUACCACACAGAGGGAAUCUGUCGUGGGUGCUGGGUCAGCAGGGGGAGGAGGAGGGUACCUGGAUGUGGCUGGUGAAUUCAAAAGUGAAGUGGGUGGCGAAGCAAGUGUUAGUGUAGAUAUAGGUGUGGACAAUGGGUACAUGUCCAUGCUGCCUGGUGUCACUCAGCCUCCAGUAUCCCUGUCCCAGUCGUUGGCUGUCUCUGUCCCAGACUCAGAUUCCAAACCUCCUGACGACUACAUGGCCAUGACACCUAACAACAGUGUGUCCCCACCACAGCAGAUCAGGCCUCCACCUGCUUCUGAUGGCUAUAUGAUAAUGUCUCCAAAUAGCAGCUGCUCCCCUGACCAGCGUGGGGGUCUCUCUGGAGGAGCUUGGAUGGGCAGUGGUAGUGCAGACAGCAGGGCGGGUAGUGACUAUAUGAACAUGUCUCCAAUCAGUGCACGUUCUGUAAACGGCAGCCCCCCACCACCUGAACACAUCAGUCAUUUGGAGACCAGUUCUCAACAACAAGCCCCCAAGAUGGUGUAUUCUUACUAUUCUCUUCCCCGCUCAUACAAACAUAACCCCUCUGCUGGACAUUUUGAUGAUGGGCCAGGUCGAGGCAGAAGGUCCAAUGGGAGUUGUAGUAGGGGAAUGGGUGGAGGUAGGACUGUGGGAGCGCGUCAGGAGCCUACAACAGCAGGAAAUUCAGCAGUUGGACGCCACCUGUCACUCUCCUCUUCCUCAUACUCCUCCAGCUCAGCCAGCAGUGAGAGCCUCGGGGAGAACGAGGAACGAGUUACCCAGUCAGUGAGCACCAUGACUGGGGGAGCUCAGUCCAAAGAUGGGAGUAAACUUCAGCAAAGACGCGGCACUGGUGGAUUGUCCAAGCAAGGUAGCCAUAGUAGGAACAGACCAGUGAGCCUGUUUGUUGAUGUAUCCAAGGCUAAUACCCUUCCUAGGGUCCGUGAGAACCCCCUGCCCCCAGAACCUAAGAGCCCUGGGGAGUAUGUAAGCAUUGAGUUUAAGGGGGAAAAGAGCAGCCACACUGGGGUUGGAGGAGGACGCGGCAGGGGUCUCAGGCAUGGCUUAUCACUGCCUCAUGGCUCAAGCAGCAAGCAUCCUCAUCACAGGCCAACUUCUUGCUUAGGGAACUUUAUCCCCCUUUCCCGUAGCCCCUCUGCCCCCAUCACUCCACCAGCUGCCUCGGAGUAUGUCAACAUGGACUUGGGCCCUUCUCCGUCCCCCUCACCCCUCUCCCUCACUCCUAUAGUUUUCCCCUCCUUCCACACCCCUCCCACACCACCAACUCUUGCUCAUGCUCCCAAAGCCUGUGAGGGUACUGCUGGCCCUCGUGAAGAGGGGGCCGAAGUGGCUAAAGCCCCACGUAGGAAAAGCAGAGAAAGUGUCCCAUCAGUGUCUGAAUCUGAGUCCCCAACAUCCUGUGGAGACUACACAGACAUGGUCUUUAGCUUAAAUACCAACACCGUCCCUAGGGCGUCAUCCAGUGUCUCUCCCAAAGCCCCUUCCCCCACCAGGACUGAUACCUCUGUUCCAGUGCUAUCACGGGGUUUAGACUUCCCCCUAGCCAAACCCGGAACCAACCCAGACCACGGGGCUAAAGUUAUCCGGGCCGACCCACAAGGACGCAGACGGCACUGCUCCGAAACCUUUCUUGCCACCCCUUCCCUCCCUACCUCUACCUCUACCUCUACUUCCUCUUCCUCCACUGCCUCCCUCUUUCCAGAACACCCCCAAGCUGUGGCCCGCCGGCUGGGCUUUGAAAGCAUGCUGUGGGGGAAUGGUGCUGUGGCUGACAACCCCACUCAGUUCGCCCUCCCUGGACAGCAAUCCCUACCCACAAACUCUCAGACUUCGUCCACAGAGCAAGGCCUUAACUACAUAGACUUGGACUUGGCCAACAAAGAGGUCCCCCAUUUGGGCCUGGAUGGACCCUCAGGUAGCCAGGCCCCCUCUCGCCUCUUCUCUGUACUGGGUGGAGGUUCUGGGGUCGUGGUAGUGGGCGCAGCAGUCGGCAGCACCAGCAACUCAACACUCAACACUUACGCCAGCAUCGACUUCUACAAAUCAGAGGAGCUGCGGACGCAUCAGAAUGGAAACAAGGAGGGAACAGAGUGCUGAUGUCAGUGCAUCGUCCUUUGGGAAACAAUCUGGUGCCGCUCGGAGAGCUUCAAAGCUUCGCCUGUUCCUUCUGUGACGACCAAUCACGUCGAGGGAGCAGCUGGAUCGGACACGCCCCUGAAGCACUUUGACAGACCGAUGGACAACUUUUUUUUUUUUUUUUCUUCGCUUUCAUCUUGUUGGUUGUGGAAACCAACAGGGAUGUGUGCCAAAUGACAUUUUUGAAAAGCUACUUGCUGCUCUCAUUCCUUGAGUGAAAGCCAAUCAGAGAAUUGUACAAAAAAAAAAAUGAGAUUGGUGUUUUUAGUUUUUUGAUUAUUUUUUUCCCAAGAGAAAAAAAUCUAAUAAUUAAGGUGGAUAUUUAGUUUAUGGAUAAGAAAAUGAAUAGAAUUAUGUAUCUGCUCAAAAAGUGCCUCAUUUUCAGAUUGUAGCCAUUUUACAAAGAACUUCAACUUAGCCGCGACUAACGGAAGCUUUGAGGUUUUUUUUGUUAAUUUUGUGCUUGAUUUGAUGUAGUUACAACAACAAAAAAGCAGCGGAAGAUAUAGAUAAAAGAAGGGUAGCGUUGGUGCGAGCUUGUGUGCUGCGUUCAUGUCAUAUGGGAUGAUUCUAGUUUUUACAACUUCAGAAUAACGGUAGAACGUGAUUUCAAAAAAAUGUUUAUGUGAGGGCUAACAAUACUGUGCAUGGUCAAUAUAACACUAUGAAAAAUGUUCCUCUCUGUCAUUGAGCUCCAGAGUUUAACAUUCAUAAGAUAAUGGAAAACACAAUAAAUCUUAUAGGACAUGAAUGCAGCAUUUUUGCUAACGUUAAUAAUGAUAAUGGUACUAGCCAAUCUGCUGGCCUUCCUGUCUACUGUGAGAAAAUAUUAGCAAAGCCUGUGUUAGCAUUCAGCUCAUUAUAACCCGUGCUGCUCUUAUUCUGUCUUUUUUUUUUUUUUUUUUAUCUCUCUGUUAACUUCUUUAACAAAGCCAUACACCUAAAGUAUUAAACACACAGGCUUGAAAACAAAAGGCACUUGUAGCAGGGGGAUAUAGUAGCUCGCUAGUUAGCUUAAGCCAACAAGGUCAGGUAAACAUUUACAUUGUGCCAGGAUGUAAAUUCAGCAUCCGACUGACCACAGCUCAGGGUUAGACCCCUGAUACAGAGCCAAGCAAUCCCAUUAGUGCUGUUAGCUCCAGACACUAGUGUCUCAUUUAAUCCUCUUCGUCUCAGGAUGCAGAAUAACAUUAGGUACGUACAGCAGAGGAUAGAGACCCUAUCAAUAGCCAUGCUAAUGCUAGCUUUGUAGGGGUCAGAACACUGCUUUUAGCACCGGAAAAAGGGGUCACUUCAAAUUUCAAUUCUGUCAGUACAAAAAAAUAACAAAUGCAAAUUUGUUCUCAGUUAUUUUAUACAUUAAGGUACCAAAACUGUUUAAGAUUAUACACUUUUACAUUUUUAAACUGGUUGAAUUGAAAGUGCUUUGACCUUAAAUCCUUCUUAAAGACUCUGUUUCUAUUUCCCUCCCUCCUGUCUGUCUUUUGCUUAGCUCUUACUUUAAUCUCCGCUAUGCAUCAGCACUUAAGUGCCUGUCUGUCCCUUUUUAUCUGUCUGUCUCUCUGCCCCCUUCUUAGCAGCUAGCACUAAUAGGGCUGUCCUAGCAGAAUAUAUUAUUAAGUCUAUUUUUGUGUCUAUUUUUGCCUCUUUUGGCUGUACAGUUCUCAUGAAAUAACUUUUGUGUUUGUUCGUUGUGACAAUGAUCUAUCAGAUGACUUGACUGACAGCCAUGGCCCUAAUCGGAAGGAGUUUUGGACUUUUUCUCUUUGCCGGUAAUGGAGGACUUAAUUGUCGCAGGCAGCCGUCAGUGCCAAAACACAACAACAACAACAACAACAAGACUUAUGCUCCAACAGCACCUCAAGAAGCAACCUUCAGCUCUCAAGACUGGACGUAUUGCUUUGUUUUGUUUUAAAAGUGUAACCUUUUGUGUUCCCCUGUUGUUGUUUUUUGCAAUGAGUUGGGGGGGGAGGAAGGACUUUAACAUAUCUUGGAGAUAAAGGUCAUUGUGAGGACUUGCGCACGCUUUAACCUUGAAUUUGACUGAAACUUUGACCAGAAAAAUAAAUUCAUGACGAGAAAGAAAAGGCCACCACCAAAAAAAAGAGAAGAAAAAACGUCUAAAUCCAUGUGCAUCUAUGUAGCUCCAAAUUGUACCCGUGUGUUUGUGUGCCUGUCCCAGGAAGUUCAUGAACUCGCUCACUCUGGUCACAUGACUCUGGUGGGCCUAGAGCGUAACAAUGCUGCUUUAUUAUGAGCAGAUUGGGAUCUGUGGUUGGAAUUGGCUCUGAUGGCGGUUACUAAUGCAGAAGUGGGGGGGGGGGG